UAGCCUCAGGCUGAUCAAUGUCUUGUUAGUGAAUUUGGCAACUGAAAACUGAAAGAAACCUGUUGUGUGUGUAUAUCUACAUGUUUGUGUGUCUUUGUGUCUGUGUUUGUCUCCCAUCCUCCCUGCCACUUGACAACCACUGCUGGUGGGUUUGUCCCUGUAAUUUAGUGGUUCAGCAAAAGAGAUUGAUAGAUUAAGUACCAGGCUUAAAAAAAUUAAGUGCUGGAAUCAAUACAUUUAACUAAAAAUUCUUCAAGGCUGUGCCCCAGCAUGGCCGCAGUUUAAUGACUGGAACAAGUAAAAGAUAAAAAAAUAAAUAUCCUAGAGUAGAAUAUAAUUGACCUUGUACCUAAUCAAAUGAACCCACUGCUUUGAUAAUCAUUAUUUACUUAGUUUAACUUCUUGUUGCAGAACUACCAAAGUGGAACAAAAUAAAUGAAGGCCAGAAUGACUUUCUCUAUGAAUUAUCCUCCAUACAACUUUCACUCAACACUGUGGAAUGUAAGAGAAAGGAGAGAUUUCUUUCCUGAUUGUGGAAGCUUAUGUGGUGUACAUGUUGACAAAACUGGAAAAGCAACUGUUCAAAAGGAACACAACAGUUGUAAAGGAGAACAUCUUUAUGCAAAGUUUUCAAGCCUCCCUUUAUUCCAGAAGCCUGAUGUUUUACAAAAACAUGAUGCCAUUGGGAUUCAUCGUCUCAACUACAUUAACAAGAAAAUGACUUCCUUACACAAAAGACUUAAAAUAAUGAAGACUCUAUGUCAUCAGGAUGCCACUUGGCGGAAUUAUCUGUUGGAAACUCUUAAGGCCUUACAUGCCACAGAAGAAGAGAAUGUGACUGAAACCAAUGCAUUGAAAAUGUUUUACGCUAACAAUUAUUUACGAAACUUUUAUGAAGCACUUGGGAAGUUUUUGGAUGUUCAAAAUGUUUGGUUUUCAGUCUUAAAACUGGCCAUACUAGAUCACCACUUUCGGUGGUUUUAUAUGUUUUGUAUCGAUGCCUAG